AUGGCUCCAUCCGUCAAGCAGCGAAAGAUUGCCAUCCUCGGCAGUCGUUCCGUCGGCAAAUCUUCCUUGACAGUGCAGUACUGUGAGGGUCACUUUGUCGAGAGCUACUACCCUACCAUCGAGAACACCUUCAGUCAUGAAAUCCAACACAAAGGCCAGACCUUUCUCACCGAGAUCAUUGACACCGCUGGACAGGAUGAAUACAGUCUCAUGAACUCCAAGCUGUACAUAGGAAUCCACGGGUACAUGAUUGUGUAUUCUGUCGCCUCCAGACAGUCGUUCGACAUGGUCAGAAUCAUUCGAGACAAACUUCUGAAUCAUCUGGGUGCGGAUACCCUCCCGAUCAUGAUCGUCGGCAACAAGAACGACGUCGAUGCGAAGAAACAGCGCAAAGUGACCGCCGAGGAAGGCCAGGAACUGGGAAAAGAACUGAACUGCGGAUGGAUUGAGACAAGUGCUAGGAACAAUACAAACGUCGCCAAGGCAUUCGAGUUGAUGAUCGCCGAGAUCGAAAAGUCCCAGGAGCCAGACAAACCCGCAGGUGGAGGCAAAUGCGCCGUCAUGUGA